AUGACUCAGAUGGUGGUCGCCGGCGGCGGAGAGGGCUCCGGCGGGCGGGCGGUGGUGGUGGGGGUGAAGCUGGACGCCCGGAGUAGGGAGCUGCUGACGUGGGCUCUGGUGAAGGUUGCUGAGGCUGGUGACCGUGUGGUUGCCCUUCAUGUUCUUGACAACAAUGAAAUUGUGAACCGAGAUGGAAAAUCGUCCCUUCUCGCCAUGGUCAAAGCGUUCGACUCGAUCCUCGAAGUCUAUGAAGGUUUCUGUAAUUUGAAACAGGUGGAUCUCAAACUGAAGAUAUGCAGAGGCUCGUCUGUACCGAAAAUUCUUGUUCGCGAAGCCAAAGCUUAUAAUGCAUCUGAGGUUAUUGUAGGGACCGCUCAUACUCACCACAAGAUUCGCACGUCGGCCUCUGUUGCUAAACACUGCUCGAAAAAGCUGCCAAAGGAUUGCUCGAUAUUAGCGGUGAACAAUGGCAAAAUCGUCUUUCACCGAGAAUCAAGUUCUUCCUCCCGUUUCAGCAUUAAAGAAGUCGAACAUCAUCGUAGGAAUCGGUUAUUAACAGCCAUCCAAAGAUCCUUCAGCAAGAACAUUAAAGUUCUCGAUAAUUUGAAUUCGAAAAGUCCGAGGUUGACUUGGGAUGUGAACUCGAAUGAGACCUUAGCCACAACUGCUCCUCCCGAGCGAAAUUGUUCGAUUUGUUCACCAGACUCAUUCAGAUCAAACAAUGAUGACUCAUUUACUCGAUUGGACAAAGAUCAUAAGACCUCGGAUGAUCAAAACAAAACAAUCGACGACUCUAUGGCUAUAGUCCCGGUACAGAAGCAAGAAGCUUCAUCAAGCUUUAUUACUCUCCUAUUACAAGAAUUGCCAGAAACGAAACCCGGAUGGCCCUUGCUCCGUAGAGCAGUCGUUUCGAACAAAUUGUUUUACCAUAAUACGGAAGUGAGGCAGAUGUCGGUGGUCCAGUGGGCCCUGAGUCUGCCGAAUAGGUACUGUUUGGCAAUCGAGAAUUCGAAAAAUGAUAUUUUGGAUUGUGAACGUGAAAAGUCGUCGAGUUUAGAUGGAGAAAAUGGUGCGAUUGUUCCAGUUGGAAAUGAGAGUUUUUCGGUCCCGAUUUCACCGGAUAAUAUGUCAGGAGGAUUGCCGGAGGUGCUUGAGUGUCUUGUGGAGAAAUACUCGGCCACUUGUAGAUUGUUUAGUUUUCAAGAGCUCGUGAAGGCCACAUCCAAUUUCUUUCCAGGUAAUAUGAUAGGUAAAGGAGGCAGCAGUCGGGUUUACAGAGGUUACCUUCCGGACGGCAAACAACUUGCCGUGAAAAUCUUAAAGACUUCAGAAGAUGCUGUAAAAGAGUUCCUUUUAGAAAUCGAGAUCAUUACAGCCUUACAUCACAAAAACAUCAUCUCGCUUUUUGGAUUCUGUUAUGAGGAUAAGAAUCUCCUCUUAGUAUAUGAUUUUCUAUCAAGAGGAAGCCUUGAGGACAAUCUUCACGGUCAUAAAAAGGAACCACUGGUUUUCGGGUGGAACGAGAGGUUUAGAGUUGCUAUUGGUGUGGCUGAGGCUUUGGAAUAUCUUCACAACCGCAAAGAAGACCAACCUGUGAUCCAUAGAGACGUUAAGUCGUCAAACAUACUUUUGUCUGAUGAUUUCGAGCCACAGCUUUCUGAUUUUGGCCUUGCUAAAUGGGCAUCGACUACUUCGACUCACAUAACUUGCACAGAUGUUGCUGGAACUUUCGGGUAUUUGGCUCCUGAAUAUUUCAUGUACGGAAAAGUAAACGAGAAAAUCGAUGUCUACGCUUAUGGAGUUGUGCUUCUAGAACUUUUGUCAGGUAGAAAGCCUAUAAGCAACAAUUGUCCGAAAGGCCACGAGAGCCUUGUUAUGUGGGCAAAACCAUUUUUGAAUUCCGAUAAAUUUUCCGCUUUGCUGGAUCUCGAUUUGAGCAGUAGUUAUGAUCAUGAACAAGUCGAGAGGAUGGUUUUAGCCGCGUCACUCUGUAUCAGGCGUGCCCCACGAACUCGGCCCCAGAUGAGCCUCAUUCUAAGGCUUCUCCAAGGGGAUGUCGAUGUGGUCAAUUGGGCAAGAUUGCAAGUGAAUGCUUGUGAAGGGUCUCGAUUCAAGCUAGACGAUUAUUCAGUCGAACCUACCGAAAUAUACGACGAGACAUUUUCAAAAUCUAAUCUCCAAUCCCACUUGAAUCUUGCAUUGCUUGGCGUGGAUGGGGAUUCUGCCUCGACAAGUAGCAUCGAUCAAACGAUUUCUUUAGAAGAUUAUCUUGAAGGCAGGUGGAGCCGAUCCCCUAGCUUCGACUAA